CUCGAAGUGUAAACUUCUGUAUAUAUAUUAUACACGAUGCCCCAUAUCCACACAUCCACCAUCAUCCCACCUCUGGAACUAAAGCAUUCUUCGUUUCCCCACCCCCCACAAUGUCAAUCUCACCGGGCAAAAAAGAAACCGAUCUCGAAGUCGACGCCGUUAAAGUCGAGAACAACUAUGCUGCUGCUGAGAACACCGAGUGGGGCCUUCCCCUCGAGAUCGAUGAAACGUACCUUACCGCCUCGAAAUCAGCAAAGUUUUGGCGCAGCGUUCUUUUCCAGAUGGUCCUCUUUGGAGCUCUUUCAUUCGUUGGUCCCGCCAUGUCGGACGCCAUCUCGAAUCUAGGUGGUGGUGGACUCUCGACCCCUUGGUUGGGAAAUCUCGCAAACUCUCUUCAAUAUGCUACUGGGUGUAUGAUUACCCUCUUCGGAGGGCCUUUGAUUAACAAAAUUGGGAUCAAAUGGGCAUGUGUCAUUGCUGCCCUUUCCAUGCCCCUCACUGGCUCGGGUUACUAUGUUAGUGCACGAUACGGUGUAAACUGGUAUCUCCUGACAGCACAGAUUAUCGGAGGCUUUGCAAGCGGCUUUUUGUAUGUAGCCGAAACAACUGCGAUGCUCUCAUACCCAGAUCCAAACGAUAGGGGCCUCUUCCUAGGCAUCUGGUCUGCAAUGAGGAAUUCUGGCAGUAUAAUUGGCGGAGCGAUCAACUUCUCGACAAACUAUACUAGAUCUGCAGCGGGCUCCAUUGCGUGGUCGACAUACUUAAUAUUCGUCGGAUUUGAAUGUACUGGACUCCUCUGGGCACUACUACUCUCAGCCACCAGGAAAGUCAGACGAAGUGAUGGAUCCAAGGUUGCAACAUCCCCUGGCCUCUCUUGGGGAGGAGAGUUUGCUGCUCUGGGGAAGCACAUCCAGCGCAAAAAGACGUGGCUUGUCUUCAUCCCAGCAUUCUACUCGUUCUUCUAUGGUGGAACCAUGGGAACCUACCUAUCGCUGCACUUCUCCGUUCGAGCGCGCGCACUAUCAUCUCUCAUCACCCCAUGUAUCACUAUCCCGAUGGUGAUGCUCUAUGGAAAACUCUUGGACGUGAAGCGGUGGUCUCAAAUGCAGCGCGCUUGCAUCGCUUUUGCACUUUGGGUAAUUCCCCAGAUUGGUGGCUUCAUAUGGGUUGGAAUUGAAUACCAUAAAUUCGGGCGCGGGAAGUUUGCUCUGGAUUAUGGCCUUAACACUCAUCGCUGGGCUGAAGCAUACCUUCCUUACCUCUUCAUCUUCACCACCGGAUAUCUCUGCCAACUGUCUCUAUACUGGAUCCUUGGCACAUUCUCUACCGACGUCAAAGCCAAUGCUCGCACCGGCGGUCUCUUCCGUGCGUUCGAAACUCUCGGCCAGGCUACCUCUUAUGGCAUCAACUCAAGAACUGGCGGCGACCCUAGAACUGCAUUCUAUGUCAAUUGCGCCUUGUUGGCUCUCACGAUUCCCUGCAUGGCAUUUCUCAUUCGGCUGGUUCCAGAGGCUCCAGCCCACUAUGAUAACGAGGCUGAUGGACCGAUCAUUGAAGGCGUGGCGAAGACUAAUUAAAUGGAGACUUAUGGAAUAUGCGCCCCGUCAGAUACAGAUACUUCAAAUGAUAUUCCCUGCAAAUUUAUAGAAGUGCGAAUGUG